CGACACCAUUUGCGCUUGUUUCUUCCCCGCUCUCACUACUCUGUGGAAACUAAAAGGAAGCAACUUUCUCUCUCUCUCUCUCUUCCUUAUAGAUAGCUGCUUACCGGCAGAUACAUAUACCAUAUUUACUGCGCAAUCGAACCUCACCGGUGGAUGCUUUUGGGGAGCCAAGCCGCUUUGAGCCCGUCAAUCCAGCAAGAAAUUAAUCGGUCCUCCGGUCGCCGGAAUGUCUAACAACCCGUCGGACGGAUCAUCCGAAGACUUCUUCGAGCAAAUGCUAGGGUUUCCAACAUACGCCGCCGCAGCCGCCGACCCUAAUUUGGCGGGAACGCCAUCAGCGUCUCCGAUGAUGCUCCAGCUCGGCUCCGGGGACGGCUCCGCUCACCUCGGUGGUUUUAGGAUCGGGAUGGGGCUGGGAGGGAUCGGGGCUCCUUUCCACGUAGGCGGUGCCGGCGGGCCGUUCCCGCUGGGGCUGAGUUUGGAGCAGGGGAGAGGGGAGUUUAUGAAGAUGAACGAUGUUUCUGGUAAUAGCUUGAAGAUGGAUUGCAGACCCUCGUCUUCUAUGAAACCUGGAUACCAUGGCCAGCUGAUGCCAAGUUCAGUUCCUGCUAUGCCACAUCCACCCACGGUUCGACCAAGGGUGCGGGCAAGGCGAGGCCAGGCAACUGAUCCACACAGUAUUGCUGAGAGAUUACGCAGGGAAAGAAUAGCAGAAAGAAUUAGAGCAUUGCAGGAGUUGGUUCCCAGUGUUAAUAAGACUGAUCGAGCAGUUAUGCUCGAUGAAAUUGUGGAGUAUGUGAAGUUCCUUAGACUUCAAGUCAAGGUGUUGAGCAUGAGCAGAUUGGGGGGAGCUGGUGCGGUAGCACCACUAGUUACGGACAUGCCAAUUUCAUUGCUUGAGGAAGAGGGUGGCGGCGAAGCAGGAAAAAGUCAACCUGCGUGGGAGAAAUGGUCAAGCGAUGGCACGGAACGACAGGUUGCGAAACUGAUGGAAGAGAACGUUGGGGCAGCAAUGCAGUUUCUUCAAUCCAAGGCACUCUGUAUCAUGCCCAUCUCCCUCGCGUCCGCCAUCUACCACUCUCUGCCACCUGACACCAGCACCUUCUUGAAACCCGAAACGCACCCUCACUCGUAGAAAAACGACACUCCCAGAAAAAAGGGCCACCCACUUACACCUCUCACCCCAUCUUCUUACAGACAACACAUGUACUUAUUCAGUGUCUCUGUAAGAAUGUGUGAGGUGAGAGUUGGUGUCACAUUUGGGCUGGUGACCCAAGGUUAAUUAUUCCUCCCAGAAUGUCCAUCCCCCCCCCCUUCAUCCUUUCUUUGAACAUUGUUAGAGUGGAAAUCAGAGUCAGGGGGGGCCACAACCUUUGUUUUUUCACUUGAGUUUUAUUUUGUUUUUAUUAAAGACCCUGUUUGGUAUGGUGUAUUCCUGUGUUUUUAAAAUAACCAAAUUAAGAUGUUGCUGGCCACACCAUGGCAAAUUGUCAAACGCACCUACUGUAGAUUUGUAGGCUGCUGCACUAUUUUAUGUACUCCUCGGUCCCACCCAAAAAGUCUUUCCUGUUUCAUUUUUUGUGCAUCCCAUAAAACACUUCUACCGACAUUUAAAAUGCCUAAAAUUUACAACAUUUCUUCUUUAUUGUGGGUAGAAGUUAUUUUGAAAGUUUUUUUUGCAUUCAAGACGAGAUAUAAGUUUUUUAUGGGAUGCGCAAAAAAUGAAACAGGAAAGACUUU